AUGGGAGAUGCCGAGCAGAUUGUGGAUGCUGAGGGGCGCAAAGGUGUGUCCGCCACGAGUGCUCAUCUCAAGGUUUCGAUAUCGAAGUUUCAAGAGUCCAUUAAAGCUGUACUGAAAGCAUGUGAGCUCGAGUAUCAUGAAGAAGUCAUUGCAGGAACAUAUAUAGUUGACUAUGCAGUUGGCAACAGUCUGGCGCUAGAGGCUGACGGAUUCACUCACUUCUACGCGGGUACGGAGAACUUUACUGCGAAGGCUAAGCUGAAGCAUCGCAUCUUGAGGUCCCUCGGCUGGAACAUCGUCAGUCUUCCUUAUUUCCAAAUGAAGAACAGGGGGUUGCAACUACGAACCGAGUAUCUUGUAAAUGCUAUCGAGAAGGAAUCUGGCGCGGACCUGGCUCAGAUCCGAAAGCUAUCUCGGCGAAGGCAGUUUGCCGUUUCAUGA